ACUAAAGAAGAUAGUAGUAGUUAUACAAAUAAAAUUUAUGAAUUUUAAUUGUGUGUAAACAAUAAAAUAAAAAUAAGUAGAUACAGUUCAAAAGUAGAUUCGAUAAGUACGUUUCUAAAGUAUCAUAAUUAAAGUAGGCAACCUAGGGUUUACAAUUUACAAUAAACCUAGAACAUGAAAACUAUUCUGACUCCAAAGAUAAGUAAAUAGUUCAAAUAUGACUACCGGCAAAUCACAAGGUGAGAUCUUACAUGUCUCCCACAACACCGACCAGCAGGUGGCUCCACGAUAUGAAGAGCGUCCAGACUGCAGCACAGUGAUGAGAACUACACAGGAACAAUUGAUUAAACAAGAUAAUAUUCAGCAUGCCGUAGACGAAGCGGGAAUUGUAAAGACAGAGUAUGUUGAUGUCACAGAGGAAUUGGAUAGUGAUCAUAUAAUAUUCCGUGACCAGGAGAAUGAUCUCCUAGAGCUGUAUGAGGGUCAUGAAGUAAAGAAUGAGUUGGUUAUAGGACCCACAGUUGUACAAACAGGGAUCAUCUUUGGAACUAGUAAACAUUUAGAACCUGAUUCUGAACAACAUCUGUUGAUACAUACUAGUGAUAAGCCAUAUAUUUGUGAUGUGUGUAAUAAAUGUUUUAAAACAAAGUCAAAAUUAAAAAAUCAUUUAUUGAUACAUAUUGGCGAUAAGCCACAUAGUUGUGAUGUAUGUAAUAAAUGUUUUAGAACAAACUCACAAUUAAAAAAGCAUGUAUUAAUACACACUGGUGAAAAACCAUAUAGCUGUGAUGUAUGUUGUAAAUACUUUAGAACAAAUUCAGAUUUAAAAAUUCAUUUUUUGAUACAUACUGGUGAAAAGCCAUACAGUUGUGGUGUAUGCAAUAAAUGUUUUAGAAGAAACUCGGAAUUAAAAAAGCAUUUAUUUAUACACACUGGUGAAAAGCCAUAUAAUUGUAAUGUAUGUAAUAGAUGUUUUAAACAAAAAUUACAUUUAAACCAACAUCUGUUGAUACAUACUGGUGAUAAACCACAUAAUUGUGAUGUAUGUAAUAAAUGCUUUAGAAGAAACUCAGAGUUAAAAAAGCAUUUAUUUAUACACACUGGUGAAAAACCAUAUAGCUGUGAUGUAUGUAAUAAAUGCUAUAGAACAAACUCAGAUUUAAAAAAUCAUUUAUUGAUACAUACUGGUGAAAAGCCAUAUAGUUGUGAUAUAUGCAAUAAAUGUUUUAGCAAAAAAUUACAAUUAAACCAACAUCUGUUGAUACAUACUAGUGAUAAACCACAUAAUUGUGAUGUAUGUAAUAAAUGUUUUAGCGGAAAAGUACAUUUAAAGAGACAUCUGUUGAUACAUACUGGUGAAAAGCCAUAUAGCUGUGAUGUUUGUAAUAAAUGUUUUAGAACAAACUCACAAUUAAAAAAGCAUUUAUUUAUACACACUGAUGAAAAGCCCUACAGUUGUGAUGUAUGCAAUAAAUGUUUUAGAACAAACUCACAAUUAAAAAAUCAUUUAUUGAUACACACUGGUGAAAAACCAUAUAGCUGUGAUGUAUGUAAUAAAUGCUUUAGAACAAACACAGAUUUAAAAAAUCAUUUAUUUAUACACACUGGUGAAAAGCCAUACAGUUGUGAUGUAUGCAAUAAGUGUUUUAAUCGAAAAACAAAUUUAAAUCAACAUCUGUUGAUACAUAUUGGUGAUAAACCAUAUAGUUGUGAUGUAUGUAAUAAAUGUUUUAACCAAAGAUCAACUUUAACACAGCAUCUGUUGAUACAUACUGGUGAAAAGCCAUAUAACUGUGAUGUAUGUAGUAAAUGUUUUAGAAUAUACUCAGAUUUAAAAAAGCAUUUAUUUAUACAUACUGGUGAAAAACCAUACAAUUGUGAUGUAUGCAAUAAAUGUUUUACCCGAAAAACAAAUUUAAACCAACAUCUGUUGACACAUGUUGAUAAUAAACCACAUUGUGCGAUGCCGUUGCCCCCGAGAGUCUGAAGGCGCGUCAGCACCAGGGAGCUCUGGUACGCCCAGACGUCGACGUAAAUAAAUAAUAAAACAAUUUCGUAUUAA